AUCUAUAUUUCCUGCGUGUUGUUUCACUUUUGAUAUAAAAUGCUGAAUUAUCGGUUGUACAUAAUGAAACCUGAGCAGUCUGAUAAAGUCAUGUUGACCCCACCGAAGGAGGGGAUGCCCAGUAUGAUAGACAGGGCGCUGAGGAUGAGGCGGGAGGAACAGGCUCGUCAGGUGGUCCUGGCCUGGGCCGUGCUCAACGUGUCUCUAGCUGGCAUGAUUUACACUGAAAUGUCAGGGAAACUGCUGAGUCGAUACUACAACAUCACCUACUGGCCCAUCUGGUACAUCGAACUGGUGCUAGCCUCUCUAUUUAGCCUCAAUGCUCUUUUUGACUUCUGGAAAUAUUUCAAAUACACAAUGGCUCCCUCCACCAUUGCUGUAUCUCCUAGGCAGCAUCACCUCCUCGGUCUGACAAACACAAGUAUUCAGGCCUCUCCGCCCCAAAAGCCAGAAAAAAAGGAGACCCCAGCUCCAGCCCAGUCAUCUCCGCUGCAGGGCCAAAGUGUGCUCAGUUUCAGCCCCUCACGGCCGGCCACCACUAGCCCCAAGUUCUCCCCCAGCUGUGUACCCGGGUAUAGCCCUCCUCUCAGCAACCCAUCCACCCCAAGCAGUGCGGGGGGGCCCUUUUCCCCCUCAGUGGCUUUUGGAAAAGUGUUGAACUACAGCCCCUCCCCUGGCUCCUCUCCCUACCCCAGCAGCAUUGGACCCGCAGAAGGCUCCAGCUUGAGAGCUCGAUAUCGCACAUCACCCUCAGUGUUUAACUCCCCUGGAAGCAAGGAGGACUACAUGGAAGAUCUGAAAAGCCUGGAGAGGUUCCUCCGCACAGAGGAGGAGAGGAGUCACCGCAGCCAGCUCGGGAGUCCAGAGGCUGUGUCUCCGAACCACAGCCCAACAUUUUGGAACUACAACCGCUCAGUGGGAGAUUAUGCCCAGAGCCUGAGGAAGUUCCUGUACCAGCCGGCCUGUCGCUCUCAGGCCCCGUCUGCCAACAAGGAUGAGACGGAUCUGGGCUCAAAACAGGCUGCAGAGGAGGUGUGGGCCAGAAUCACAACCAGUCGUCCUGUAGUGGACCGCAUUGAUAGCUGGACAGCCAAGCUUAGAAAUUGGAUCAGUGACACCAUCCUGGUACCCUUGGUCAAGGAAAUGGACUCGGUCAACAGCCAGCUCAGGAGGAUGGGCUGCCCUGAGCUCCAGAUAGGAGAGGCCAGCAUAAGCAGCUUGAAACAAGCAGCAGUGAUGAAAGCCUCAUCCAUCCCCACUAUGAACUCUAUUGUUCAGUAUCUGGACAUCACUCCCAACCAGGAGUAUCUAGUGGACCGCAUGAAGGAGCUGGCCCACAGCGGCUGCAUGAGCUCCUUUCGCUGGAAUGGUGGCGGUGAUCUGAAGAACAGGAAGUGGGACACAGACCUCCCCACUGACUGUGCUAUCCUCAUGCAUGUGUUUUGUACGUACUUGGACUCUCGUCUGCCCCCACACCCAAAGUACCCAGACGGGAAGACUUUCACUUCGCAGCACUUCAGCCACACCCCAGACAAACCUGAUGUUACCAAGGAGAACGUCUUCUGCAUCCACCAGAGCAGCACCACUCCACCUCACUACCAGCUCAUCUACCAGGGACAUAUCUACAGUCUACCCAAGGGCAGGAACAACCUGUUCCACACAAUCCUCAUGUUCCUCUAUGUCAUUAAGACGAAGGAGUCAGGGAUGCUGGGGAUAAUUAAAUUGCUCUUCAUAUUUUCUUCAGGAGAGUAAAUCUUGGCCUAUCUGGUGUGAACAUCUUGUGGAUAUUUGAAGACUGAUGCGUCUAAGUGCAUUGUUUUUCCCCCACAAUGCUGUGUGGCUACACUGGUUAGAAUACCACCUCAGUUUAAGGACUGCCCUUCCAGGGGCACAUUGAAAAAGCAGCACUUGACUUUGAAAGACAAUAAAUGCUUAUUUUUUGA